AUGGCAGAUGAUACCCGGAGUACUAUCACUGUUGCCAUUCGCCGGUCGAGCAAGUCUCCCGCCAUUUUCCUAGCUGCCUCCUUCACUGAGCCCGCCUGGGAACCGGUCGAGCUUGAUGUGAAGCCGAUCCCUCCACUCGCCAGUCAGGAUACGGCCGUGCAGACUAAUGGCCAUGUCCCGGACGCCCAAUACGAAUUCUCGAAGUCAUUCGAGGUGGCAUUGGGAAAGCAUCAGUAUAAAUUUCGAGAAGGAUUGGAGGGCUCCUGGUUCCAUGACAAGGAGGUCGAUAGCGCUGUGGACGACGAAGGGAACGAAAGUAACGUUCUGGUAGUGGAACCUGUCAUGGCUACCAUGAAAUCUGCCGAUUCUCCUGAGAAGGAGGACGUAGAGAACAUUUCUAACGGAUCUGUUUCGGGCGUAGAGAAAGCUGAUGGGGUGAAAGUGGAACACGAAGUAUCAAAGGAUGACGCCUCUGAAGCUGUUAUCGUCGAAGAUGUAGCGUCAACAGAAGCGAUACUUGAAGCUCAAGAUACAAAGCUCGCCGAAGAUCCUUUAGCUGCUGAGAACGUCGAAGCGUCGGAAGCUGACACAACGUCAAAGGACGUUCCUGAGCUUCUCGAAAACCCUGUCGAAGAUUCACAUGAGGCUCGAGCUGAUUCCGCACCUGAACCUGUAGUAAAUGAGCUGCAAAUAGUUGAGAAAGAGCCCCAGGGGCAACUGCAAAUGAAGAAUGACGAAGGACAAAAUACUGAACCGGCAGAGAAGAACGACCUUGCAGCUCCGGAUGUGGACGAGGCAGAACCUGUGGAAACCGAGGUGGCGACCGAUCCAGAUGCCACCAUUGAUGACAAGCCACCAGCAUCAGAGCCUGCCCACACGCCUGAGCCUUCGCAGCAGGAUGUGGUGAUCGAAACCCCGGUUUGUGAAGAAAAUGAGGAGAAUCCUGCUAACGCUGAAACCUCAAUUGACGCUGCCGGCGAAGAACUCAAACCUGAGGAGACCACUAUUGAUAUUGAGUCUCCAGAGACAGAACCGAAGGUGGUCGAGCAGCCAAGCCAGCCAGAUGCGGCCUCUAACUUAGCUCCAGCUUCUAUUGAAGAACCCGAAGAUCCAAUUACUCCCAUUCAUACCGAGCCUACCGACCCUAUCGAGCCUGCCGAGCCUGCCGAGCCUGCCGAGCCAACCACAGCCAUUGACGCCCCUGCUGACUCCGAACCAGCCCAAUCCCAGGUCGUAGAUGAGAACAUAAUACCCCUGGUGAAUGGAGACGUCCAGAAAGAGGAUGAGGCCGACAAGCCAGCAGAGAUUGGGACCUCGGGCGAGGAAUAUCUAGAGUCAACACCAGAAGGAGGAAUUGCGGAGUUGGAUACGAAACCUGAUCCUGUUCUUGAAGAAAAACCAGAGGAGCCCGAUGUGCAAGCCCCUAUUAUGGAGGUAACCGCGCCGGAAUCGGAACCAUUGGUCAUUAAAGAUGACGACUCUCAAGCUGGAAAUGUUAUCAAGGAUGUUGAGUCGCAGGACGUCAAUAUUGACAAGGAGGACGAGCUAUCUGGGGAAGUCGCAAACCCAAUCGCCCAGGAAGCGCCUGAUGACGUCACACCCGACGCUAGCAUGGAACCACAAGAAAAUGCCGAACUCGUCUCCGAACCCACAGAUGAGGUUGCUCCGGUUGAGGAUGUAACAACCAAAGCUGCUGUCAACGAUGAUACUACCGAUGUCCCAGUCAAUGAGGAACCUGCAGGGGCUGGACCUGACCCUGCAGCUCCUGCUCCUCCAGAGUCCCAUGAAGCUGCACCCGAACCAGAAAUUACCCCUGAAAUUCCCGUGGUCUCUGCAACAGAGGAGCCAGAAGCACCCACAUCGGAAGAGGCUACCAUCGCGGAUGGCGAGCCGGUUACACAACAAGAUGUCAUCCCUGACUCUGUAGAGCCUGAGUCUUUGGUGGAAGCUGAAGAACCAGUCGUCCCUGAUUCCUCUGACGAGGUAGUGGCAUCGAAACCUGAAGAUGAUGCCUCUUUGGAACUAGAGCCUGACACGCUAGCGACUCCUGAAGAACCAGAGUCUCCAGAAUCCGCGGCGGAUACAGUGCCCGAGACAAAUGGAAACUCUGGAGAAGAACCAGAAGCAUCUGAGCCAGCUGCGAAUUUAGAAUUAGUACAAUCCUCUACUCCCGAAACCGAAGUAGCUGACGAGCAGACCACUGAGAAAGUAGUGGAACCCGAAACUUCCAAAUCUGUCGACAUUGCGGAUCCGGCUCCAGAUUCAACGCCUGACGUUGCUGAGAUUUCCACAGCUGAGGAACCAGCAGCCCCGCAACUUCCAGGUGAUCUUGCAGCUAAUCCUGCAACCACCGAUAUACCUGAAGGAGAAGUGGAGCAAACCGAACCCGAAUCCUCAAAACCUAUCGAUGGCGUGGUUGCCGAACUUGAGCCUGUAGUACAGACGAUCAGUACUGAUGUCCUCGGUGCCCCAGUGGAAAAAACAGAGCCCGAGACAUCGCAACUCAAUGGCGAUGUCGUCUCUGACCUUGCUGAACCUGCUGAAGUUGUUUUGCCUGCUGUGCCUGCACCGUCAACUGAGGUUGCAACUGUUGAAACUCCCGAGGCUCCAGAGGAACUGAGAGUGCCUGAUACCACGAAACCUGCUGAUGAUGUCGUUACUGACACGGCGCCUGUUUCGGAGAAUACAGCAUCUCAAAUUGCUGAGGCUUCUGUGGAAGUAACAGAUUCUGAAACCUUACAUCCUUCCGGUGAUGACCCUGAGCCCAUAGAGCCUGAGGAACUUGCUAAACCUAUUGAGCCUGAGCCUGAGCCGGAAACUGCAACGGAGCCUCCACCAGUCCAAGCGCCCGAAGUUCCGGAGGAUUUGAAGGAACCUGAAGACCUGGAUCCUGACAAGGACGCUGUUAUUCCCCAGACAGAACAUGAGCCUGUUCCAGUGGCCACGACGUCAGACAUUACCCAAGCUUCAACGGAGCCAUCACAGCCCGAAACUUCGAUCGAUGCUGACAAUGGCGUAACUCAGCUUGAUGAACUCGAGCCCAAGUCUGCUCCGGAGGCUCCAAUCUCUGAAGUUGCUGAAGACCCAACAGAAGCAGUAGAGCCGGAUGCCUCAGAAGCCAUCGGCGAUGCUGUUACCAAAUCGGAGCCAGAUUCUGUGCUUACGGCAUGGGAAAAAGAUGAAAUCCCACCAGAACCAACAAAGGCCGAGGAGUUGCCAGUUGUCGACAAUGCUGUGGUCGAGCCUACACUCGAAGUAGCCCCCGAAAUCACACGGGAGGAUGCUUCAGAUACAACCGUGGCCCCGACUACUUUUACUGCAGAAAGAGAGCUCGAAGCUAACGUUGACACCAACAGGGAUCUUGAGUCUAACGAGCCGGAAACAACAAUACCGGCCACUGGGGAAACCGUCGGCGCGUCUGCUGUUGUAGAAGAAUCAGAGACGCCAAAAACUCCCGAGGAUACAGAAACCCAUAUCGCUCAAGAAAUUCCUACUGCUGAUAGUACGGAGCCUCAAGCGGUUUCUGCUCCAGGUCUGGAACAAGAAGUGGAGACUCCUGAAAUUCCCGCACCGAUGGAAGAACCAAAAUCCUCGGAGCCUGCUCCGGAGGAUGAACCUUUGGCUACCGACAACGCCGAUAACACCACCCCUGACCACAAGCAAGAUGAGGUGGUCACAAAUGGCGAUCGUACAGAUUCAACGGAUAAGGUAGAGGAGCAGCAAGAGCUUGCUACAGAGCUUCCAGUGGUUAUUGAAGAUGUCCCUGAACCUUCGCUCGACAACGAACCUGGAGUUUCUAAGCAGGAACAACAAAUCUCUGACCCAGAGCCAAUCGCAGUAGAGGAGUCAGAACAUGCCACUCCCGCUGAGGAACCAGAGGUCGAACAUACCGCAGAGGUCGAGUCAGAGACGAACGAGCCGAGUCAAGUGACGAAAACCCCUGUGGGACUUGAAGGUUCGAAGCCAGAGCUCACUGAAAUUGAACAACCCGCCGUAGAUGCAGCUUCUGCCCUCGGACCUCCUCAAGAGCCAAAUCCACCGCCUGAAAUUGAUCAAGAUAUUCCAAAGUUAGCAACAGAAGAACCAAGCGCUGAACCAGAACUUACCCCUUCCACCGACUUUGUUUCCGAAGUUCUACCCGCUAACGAACCGGCCACGAAAAAUAAGUCCGGAGAUACCUUUGAGCCUGCUGUUCCCGUUGCUGUAGCUGCAGAGACUGAUCUUGAAGUUUCAGAACAAACUAAGCACGCUGAGCCUGCUGAGAAAGGUGAUGGUCGUGAGCCUCCUACGGCGGCUGCUACUCUCGAAUCGUCUACUGCUGAGAUGGUGGCUGAUGAGCUCGAAAGUACUUCUAAAUCAAAGGAGCAGCCCCCUGCGUCUGAUCCCGAAGAAACAAAGGCAUCAGAAUCGGACGAGCCUGAUACUCGAAAGGAAUUUGCUGUCGAAAUUGAGCAGCCCACUUCAUUGAAAACGGCUGACUAUCCUCUUAUUGAGUCACCAAUAGAAAAUUCUCUGAGCGAACCGGUCGUACCUCAUGACAACGCGAAUGCCGCUACAGAGGUGCCUCCCGGGAUGCAACCCAAACCCGAGGUCGAAGUGCUGGCGGCCCCAGCUGAAGAACCAUUCGUUGGAACUAACGGCACCACAUCCAAAUCACCAGUGGAAGAGGUACCGCAGGCGCCUCUUGAGGAGCCGGCAGUGAAGGUCGCCGCAGCGACCCUUACAACUGCGCUUGUUGGUGCUGGUAUCACUCAACUGGUUUCAAAUAAUGAAGACCCUGUCGCUGAUAAAGAUGUUCCUUCCACAGCUCCGGCAGAAGUGUUUGUUUCUGCUGUGGAAACAUCAUUGCCGAGCGUUCCAGAAGUAACUUCCAAUGGCAUUAGUAGAUCAAUCGACAAGGCCAAGGAAGGAAAAGCAGUGGUCAACGGAAACAAUUCUUCUCCGGUUCAAGAGUCGGACGGGGGUGCAACUGAGAGAGUUCUUGCUCCUGCCAAUUCGCAAGAAGAAUUAUUAGCUAGUGCAACAGAACCCCCUGAGCUAGCCAAACAAUCCGGUGCGGUGCCUUCCGCGAAGCAAGCGGAAGUCUAUACGCUUCCACCCACCGCCACCAGCCAAACUGAGCCAAUUCCUUCAAACUCCGGCGAACCCGAACCAACCAACAAGUCAAGUGAACCUGCAGCAGCAGGCUCGGAAUCAUCGCCAGCACCUGACGCAACGAAGUCAGGCGCAGCAUCGGGGGAAGCCGAAGAACCGCGCCCCACGACAGCUGGGGAUCGGUCCGUCACAUCCGUCACAAUCCACAAGAGAAAGAACUUUUUCAAAGCACUCUGGCACGCAAUUUUCACGAGCUUCUUCGGAGGCGUCUUUUCGGUUUUCCGCCGUGGCCGACGCGAUACUACACGCCAGUAA